AUGGAACCAGAAGAUGGAUAUCACGCAGUCAUGAGAUGCACAAAAGCUAAAGCCCUGCGUGACACCAUGCGUGAGGUUUGGACCCUUCCCCGGGACACUGAUCUUACAUGUACGGGGCGUGAGUGGGUCCUUAUAACUCUUUAUAAGGCGAAUGAGGAGGAGCGUACACACCUCCUAGCAUGGCACCUUAGAAAUAACAUUAUAUUUGGUGACGAGAAAGAUACAAUAAAGGCAUCAGCAGAAUUCCUACAAAGUUAUGCUAGCUCCUUUGCGGCGAUCAGAGCGGGACAGUCGCUUCCUGACUUUAAAGGAAAAGGAAAAGUGAUGCCAGACAUUUCAUUCUAUGAGACUAAACAGAGAGUUGCAGAUUAUCAAUGGGUCAGACCUAACUCAAGUUGCCUCAAACUAAAUGUUGAUGCAAGCUUUAUUCAGGAGACAAACCAUGGAGCUUGGGGGCGGUUCUACGAGAUACGAAUGGGGCGGUGA